AUGCCGUUCGGUGAGGUGACGAUCACCCUAGAGGACGUUACGACACUGACCGGUCUAGCGAUCGACGGUGAUGUCGUCGUAGUAGACAUACCAGACGAGGACUGGUCGGCUAUGUGUCUUCGACUGUUAGGACGGGCUCCUACUGAUCUUGGUGGCGGCGUCAUCCGAAUUGCUUGGCUCAGGAGACUUUCGAUGAGCUACUGCUUUCUACAUCACCCCAGACGACAGAGCAGUUUGCAAGAGCCUGUGCUAUCCUACUUGUACCGUGAGAUGGGUAGAUCGGCGCUGCAGAUGACUGCAUCUUCUUCACUGGGUGGUGACUUUGGUGGAUGGUUCGCCUUGCUGAUGAUCUGGACGUGGGAGCGGUUUCCACAUACAUCACCACUACAUGCGGAGACGGGUGCGCAGAUUACUCAGGACGCAGUGCCAAGUGGCCUUCGAUGGCUUCCGGCCCACACCCGUCAGGACUACAACGGUAUUGUGAUCCAGUCCGACACGUUUCGAGCAGUAGUUUCGUUGAUCUGCUUCUCAUCGCAGAUGUGGCAUCAUCCAGAUCGCGUGCUCGGAAAGUUUGGGAUGAUUUAG